CUGUCCAUCUACCUAUCUAUUAUAUUCAUUGGAGCACCAUCUCAACACCAUGUCUCUCCUUUUAGGGUUUGGAUUGCUGACCUGCAUAGCAUCAUCAGAGUCCAGCUCUGUGUUUGUGCUGAAGGGACAGGAUGUUCGUCUGGAUGUCCAGGAAAAUGUUAAACUGAAAGAGAUAGAGAUUUUUAAGUGGACCUUCAGAUCAGAAAAUAUUGUAAGAUGCACUGAUACAUUGUCAGUGAGAGUGUCUCCUGAGUACAACAACAGGGUUGAGUUUUAUACGGGAAACUUCUCUCUGCUACUGAAGAACCUACAGCAAAAUGACAGUGGACCUUAUACUGCAGUAGUGAAUGGUGACAAAGAAAAAACAAUUAUUGCAUACCUGUUAAUUGUUCAAGAGAGAGUUGAGCCUCCAGUCCUGACAGUGGACUCUGUCUCCACCAUCAAUGCCACCUGUAACGUGACUGUGACCUGCAGAGGUCAGAACACCUCUGUCACCUCCAGCUGUAACAGCAGCACCUGCUCUCAGGUGGGAGGAGAGAGUAGAGGGGCUGAGACCGCCACUGUCCCCCUGCUCUCUGUCUAUGUGGCAGGGGGUUUCAUCAUCUGUAACCAGAGCAACCAAGUCAGCUGGGCCAACGACACUAAGGAGAUAGUGGAACUCUGUCCAAUGAAAUCUGUGUCUCCCCCUGCUGGUAGCAUGUCUGUCUGCAUGCUGAAGAUCAUCCUGGUGUCUGUGGGGCUGGUCAUCAUGAUCUCUGCUGUCAUCACUGUCCACAUCAGAGACAGAUUCCACUAUGGAUAGAAUCAUGUGUAUUGUAUUUUUUUGUACCUUAGACAAAGUGAUUCCUGCUCUGUGUCACAGUAAGACUAGGUCAAAAAAGUACUUUUUAAGUGUUUCAGGUGUUACAUAACAAAACUUAACAUAACGUAAUAUAGCAUAACAUAACAUGGCAUACCACAGCAAACAUUAUCACAUGUUUUUGGGCCAUUUGUUUCUUUUUAAUACCCAGUAUGAAGAAAUCAAAUCAAAUGUGAUUUGUCAUGCUUGGUAAACAACAGGUGUAGACUAACAGUGAAAUGUUUACUGACGGGUCCUUUUCAACAAUGCAGUUAAAGAUAAAAGAUACAAAACAGAAAAUAGAAAUCGUGACAAGCUUUAAAUAUUGGAACAGAAUCACAUUGCACAUUUCACUGUUAAUAUCCUCACUAGGAUGAGGUUUUGAUGUACGUCCACUCUGUUUAUUUUCACCUUUCCUGUCCAAAUCAUCUUAAAGUAUCUCAAAAUUGAUUGUGUAACUCAAAUAAGUUACUUAUUUAGGAUUAGGACAUGAUUUGGAAAAUGUUAAUAUAGGUACCAUUGACUUGCAUUGAUUUCCCUGGGGGCGUUUUGCCCCAAACCCACUGACAUUACAUGUUACAACUUAUUAAAAAUGGAUAAAAAAAUGUUCUCUUUAACCAACUGGUAUACUGAUAUACCUGUGUGUACCUGUGUGUACAACACAUUAAGAACUCAUGCUCUGUCCAUGACAUAAACUGACCAGGUGAAUCCAGGUUAAAGCUAUAAUUCCUUAUUGAUGUCACUUGUUAAAUCCGUCUAGAUGAAGGGGAGGAAACAGGUUAAAGAAGAAUUUUUAGACAAUUGAGCCUUGGAUAUUGUAUGUGUGCUGUUCAGAGUGUGAAUGGGCAAGAUAUUGAUUAUGUUACUUAUUAACUUGUUAUUCGUGUCAAAUAUUUCCAUUUUGGGAUAGUUCACUGAAUUGCUAGCACCAGUGGCUCACGCUGCUACAGUGUCUACAAACGUCUCACGCUCACUGGAAUGUGAAAUCACAUGAUUCUGCUAACACAUCCCAUCCCAAAUCACAGUAACUUAUAGAAUAGUGAAAAUUCACUUUGUCUGAAGAUGAGAGAAUUAGUGUAGAGGUCUAUGACCCAGCUACGAUAUACCAUCUGAUUCCAUUAUCAUGAGAAUGCUACAGGCCCAUCAUUAAGAGGGUAAAAUAAAUCCAUUUAGAGACCCCUUUGCGCUCUUAUCCCGUUAACAGCCAGUGGAAAAUCAGAGUGCCAAAUUCAAAACAGCUAAAAUCUCAUAAUUCCAUUUUCUCAAACAAUCAACUAUUUUACGCCAUUUUAACCUGUUUUGGGCUAGGGGGCAGUAUUUGCAUGGCCGGAUAAAAAACGUACCCGAUUUAAUCUGGUUACUACUCCUGCCCAGUAACUAGAAUAUGCAUAUAAUUAUUGGCUUUGGAUAGAAAACACCCUAAAGUUUCUAAAACUGUUUGAAUGGUGUCUGUGAGUAUAACAGAACUCAUAUGGCAGGCAAAAACCUGAGAAAAAUCCAACCAGGAAGUGGAAAAUCUGAGGUUGUAGUUUUUUCAAGUCAUUGCCUUUCCAGUAUACAGUGACUAUGGGUUCAUUUUGCACUUCCUAACGCUUCCACUAGAUGUCAACAGUCUUUAGAACGUUGUUUGAAGAUUCUAUGGUGAAUUUGAAGGGAAUAACAGCCCAAGGAAGUAGGUGUCCCAUUAUAAGGCAUGGGCUCAGUCACGCGCAAGGACUUGGGAGCGAGCUGAGUUCAUAUUCACUCCUAAAGAGAACGGAUAGGUCCAGUUGGAAUUUUAUUGAAGAUAUAUGUUAAAAACAACCUAAAGAUGGAUUCUAUAUAUCGUUUGACAUGUUUCUAGGCCAGAGUAGGAACCAGUUUAAUUUGGGUACGUUUUUCAUUCGGCCGUGAAAAUACUGCCCCCUAUCCCGAAGUUAACAUGCCCCCUCUGGUUCUUCUUGCUGACCAGGUUGCUGGUCCAUCGCUCCUGGUAACCACCAUGACCAGCUGGGGCUUGUGAAAAACCACCUGUGUGAUAAGAACGAGAACCAGAAUGGAAAUACCUUGUUAGACUGUCUUGUGUUUUUAAUUAUUUAUAGUGUAAUGAUAAUAUACGCUAAGUAUUUCCAAUCGUUCCAUUCUGAGCAGAACCCCUAUUUAUUUAGUUUGGUUCUGUUCCGUUCCAGUGUUCUGACCAGCAGAAUACAAUUCUGAACCGGUUCCAACCAACCUAUUUUAACUGUUCAUAUAGUUCCUUUUCAUUAAAUCUUUACCUCGUGAAAUCGCAUAGUUCUUAUAUUUAUCUCAUUAAUUUACUCCACCAAUAAGCAUGGCUAAAGCAGGUUGCUAUGGAACAGGUAAGCUAGUUGUUUACAUGUUUAAAGGAGGGAUAAAUGCAUGUGCGAGAUGUGAUUGAUAUUCCAGGGGUAGAGAGAGAGUGAGGUGUGGACAAUAUUAGGAAGGUGUCCUUCAUGUUUUGUACACUAAGUGUAUACCAGACAUAAGGAAUAUUUUGGGGGAACGAAAAGGAACAUUAUUAAUUAACCAGUUCUCAAGAUUUGAAAAUAAUGGUUCUGUUCCGGAACCCAUGAGAUUACUUUCCUUCUCGGUUCUGUUUCUCUUCCUCUUGAAAUGUUUUUCUUUUUCGGUUUUCUGUUCUGUUCCCUGAACCGGUUACAACCCCUGCUAUAGACUCACCAUGAACAACACCAGCACACUGAGUAAUCUUGAUUCUUUCAGAAAAUGUAAUGGAUUUAAUAAACUAAUGUUUCAAAUUCA